AUGAUACUAAACUUGGGCUCACCUUCUUCUAUGUGUUCUAUCCAAUCUCCUGAACGAGGUAGUAGAAGUUCGGAACCAAUGAAUGUGGGUUCUCCUUCAGCUCCAUCCUCCAACUUCUCGAGUCCACAAUAUUUGCCUGGAUUCUUAAUGGGAGAUUCCCAGUCUUCGUGCACAAAUGGGCACCAAGUUUCCCCCAUAUUUAAGUCCCAGCCUCAUCUUCCUACCUCUCAUCAUACUUGGGUUGUUCAGCCCCGACUGUCAGGGUUAAAGACACCGCCUUCACUUGAGCGGAGUGCUCGCAGACAUGCCGCUCCACCGACCCAAAGUUUAUGGUCUAGUGCAAGCCAAAAAAAGCUGCUUAACUCAGGGAAUCGUUCCAAGUGCCUUGGAGUCCACCGCAAAAAGAUCUCUUUUGUCUCCAAUCACCCUGCUGCACCUGACGAUGAGUCAGCAACUUGGGUAACUGUUUUUGGAUAUGAUCCAGCCCAGGCAAACUAUGUGUUGCAACACUUUGCUCACCUGGGAACCAUUGAAAAAUAUGUCAUUACAAAUGGUGGAAAUUGGAUGAACAUUAAGUACGCAAAUAAGAUUCAAGCCAGAUGCGCACUUAACAAAAACGGGCGGGUACUCGCUGGUAAAUUCAUGAUCGGUGUACGGAGGUGUGACGAUCUGAAUGCAUUGAACAGUUCCGAGGCUCUCACUCCGAGCAGCUCAGACUUCAUGGCUGAGGUCAAGCCCACCGGUGUAGGAGAAAAAAGCGUUUCGGGGUCCCAUGUGCAGGAAAUUUUCGAAUCUCCCCCGCACAAGUUCGAUUCCCCGUUUGUUCGAGGUGGUGCACGGAUUACGGCCGCUACGGAGUCUCCGGGAUCCUGCAACCGCAGUUUUGCGGACGCACUCAAUAGUCCGGGUCCUGUGCGCCCCGGUUCCGGCCUCACCCGACACAGCUCCAUGCGGCCACUUGCGACGCCCUACCACCCACCUCCCAGGGUGCAAGUAGUAAGGGCCGGUCAGAACCAAUCCUUUCGGGUGAGCGGGGAACUGGCAAUCAUCUGGACUGUUGUCCAAAGCGCUCGAUUAUGUGUUUGGAUGGAGUUAGCGCGAUGCAUAGUCGUGCUUUCUAUGAGGUCAAAAAUACACUAUCUAUUUUCCGCGUUGAGAGCUGUCUGUAUUCCAUCACUCGGUGGUCAGCGCUGUCGUCAUAUGGGUUGCGACGUGGGGUUGGAUAUGGCGGGACAGAAGUCUCUGGAAGCUGCCUCCAUUAAGUCAAACAGCACCGUGGGUGGGGUAGCCGGGGAAGGUGGUGGUUUGGCAGGAACCAUCUUCACGAUCUACGACUGUGCGUGUGUGGUACUCACAUUGAUUUGGGGCGGGCGUGCUACGCCUGCCGUGGGAGAGAGCGGCAACUUCCUCAGCCAGAGUUGGGGCUCAAUUGACUUCCUGAUUCCUGAUCUUAUCAAGAGAGAUGAGAUUAAGAAUCCCGAAAGUAGUGUUGCUCAUAAUAUCAGGGCAGCGAAUGCAAUAAGCAACGCGAUUCGGACGCUAUAUCUUCAAAACGAGGCUAAUCUAAUGCAAAAAGCCAAAAUUUCACUUGAAGUAGAAGCCAAAGACCGUGUAAAGACAUUGCUAGUUUCGGCCAAAAAUGGGUCUCUAGGUGUCGACGAACAGUCUCCCGCUCAGAAAAAGAUAAGGAAGUUGGAGAAUUUGUCAAAUGAAUUAUUCGCAACUGAGAAGCGAUAUCUCGAGACAUUACGGAUUUUAAAAGAUAUUAGUGACAAAGUUGAAACGACUGAAUCGGAUCACCAGGAUGUUCUUCGUGAUGUGUUUAAGGAGAUACCGUCUUUGUACAUGCUUCAUAGUUACAUGGACGAUAAGUUCUACCAGAGCCCAUCUCGGAAUCCUGUCUUUGGAUGGUGGAUCCAAAUAUUUGCUAGUGCUGAGUUGGCACCUUUUUUUAAUAUCUACAAAGCCUUUUUAUCUCGAGUUCGUACAAAGUAUGAAACACUUCAAUCAAUUUAUGACAAGGACAAACUUUUUCAGCAAUUUUGUCAAACACUUGUGUUUUCCGACUAUCUCAUCAUGACGGAACCGGAAACAGUGACGACUGGUCAUUAUUUGGUCAAGUCGGAAUUGACGAUUGUGAGCAUGAUCCUGGAGGAGCCAAAGCUGGAAGAUGAUAUCCCAGUCGAGCGAUGCAUCCGUGUGCGUGCGGUCGAGUGUGUGGUCGAGCUUAUGUUCGCAGACGCAGACGAGAAGCUAAGCUGGUGCAAGAGUUUAGAGGAAACAAUAGAACAGGAGCGGCAUAGAAAUAACCUGGUGCUCGGCGUCAUCCCGAGGCGACAAUCAAGCGUCGCGACCAUCAAGGACGGGGAGACGCCGAGAGCUGCAGAGUGGGUUAAGGACGAGCAGGCAACGAUGUGCGCCCUCUGCUACCGCCGCUUCACUCACAUCCGACGCAAGCAUCACUGUCGAGCCUGCGGAAAGAUAUUUUGCGGCGUGUGCUCCAACUACAGAGCCAAGGUUGAUCAUCAGGGACCGUCGGAGGUUCGAGUCUGUGAGGUGGAUUUUUACCGUCUGAAUCCCAACCUUAAACCGAAGACCGCUGCAGCUUUGGAGCGGAUUGCGCAGUUCUCCGAAUCGGGACAGCGAUACGCACCAUACCACUGCGGUUUCCUGAUGUUCACAAAGAAAAUUCGCGACUGCUGGCCACAUAAGAAAACGCAUAUGCGUAUAGAGUACUCCGCCGGUCUGGUGUCCCGAGAUAAGAGCCCUUCUCGGCCUCCCCCUUCCACCCCUCCCACCCUUUCUUCAUCUGGCAACAACUCACCAUCUCUCUUCCUCUCAAGCCCCUUGCGCGAAAUGAGUCUCGACUUUGCUUGCCUCGGUGAAUCCUCCUCCUUCACCGCUACUACUGGUGCCACCCCUCCCUACCCCUCCACCAUCGUCCCACUGCCAGCUGCCCGUCUCAUUAUCCGACCCCAGGCCUCGCGGGUCUUUUGCGUCCUCCAGUCAGACACGCUGAUGGCCGUGUAUGCGGCGAAGGAAGACGCACGGAGUUGCGAUGGUAUCAUCCUUCUCGGGACGCGUCUCGUCUACCUUGUGAGACUGAGUGGAGGGAGAGCGGUGGCUCGUGAUAGUAACUCCGCCUCUUCCACACCCUCCCCGCCAUCAGACCGUCCACGCAUUGGAAGAAGGAAGAGCUCAGGCACGAGCAGCCGUAGUAGUAUCGAUUCCAAAUCUGUAUCCUCGGUACCGAUCGAAGAAAAUAGAUUCUCGGGAGCAGAGCGAUCGCCCAUUCGCAAGACCGUAAGUGAAGUCAGGGGUAGCAGCUUUUACACACGUGUCUGCGGCCAAAAGACACCACUUGCAAUGGUUCCUCCAUCCAAGUCGGAGGAGGAGGUGGAGGAAGAUGAGGCUGCGGUGUCGGCAGGGGAGAAUGAGAAUCAUAGGAUUGAAGGACUUCCUACAAUCUCUAAGGUGGUUACCCCAGUCUCCGCCGACACCCUCUCGGUACUAUCUAACAUGAACGGCUUUCUCGUACUGCCCAACAACACAGACAAAGUUGGCCACUAUUUUGAGGCACCUAGUGAAGAAGUGCGCAACAUAGUGUUCCACUCAACUGGCUACCAAGCGUUUGGGUGCUGCGUUCUCUCUAUGCCAUACCAACGCCUCGAAAGACCUGAUGAGCAUGUUGGUGUGCAAACACAGCAGCUGAGUGUCGCAUCAACCGAGGAAGCGGCAAUCAGCAUUUGA